AAUUACUUACUAGGAAAACAAAAGCAAGACCAAUCUGACAGGUAUUAUGCUGAUGUCUUUGAUUAUCAGCAAAGUUAUACUCACAGAUAUAGAAUGUCACCAACUAUCUAUCAAAGUUUAUAGUCAGGUACAUGUGAAAAAUAUUGCAGGAGACUUAAGGGUGAAGAACUUUCAGGUAUGAGAAUCAGCGAUCUCCACGCUCUGGAAAACCAACUGGAAAUGAGAUUGAACAAUAUCCGCACAAAAAAGGAAAAAAUGCUAACUGACGAGAUAGAAGAAUUAAAUCAAAAGAGAGCUCUUAUUCAUCAUGAAAAUAUAGAACUGUCUAAGAAGGUCACUCUCGUCCAACAUGAAAAUAGACAACUUCAUAAGAAGGGUUAUGGAGCAAUUGACAUUAGAAAAGAAGAGGGAAGUUUCAGUGGACAAGCGAAAUACACGAAAUUAGAUUGGGGUUACAACUGCAAUAAUUCUGAUCAAGUCUAGCAGAAAGCAUGGCCAAAGUUAAGGCCUUGCAAAUACCACACUAGCGAGAGUAAGGAUAGUUUAGUAUCCAAAAAGUCGUGUAGCAGUUUCACCUCCAUUUUGUCGCGUGAAAGCAAAGUGAAAAUGUAAAUUAGCUUAUACGUGGCUUUUUGUUUCAGCAACUAAUUCUCACAUGCUUAUAUACAAUGGCGUGUAUUUUUUUUU